UUUAUAAUUGUUUGAUAAUUUUGUUCUAUAUCGGUAUUUUAAAUAAAUUGCCCCUUCAAAAUGGAACGGUAUGCGUACAUGCAAAAGUUGCCCAAUUCACCUCUAACUCCUCUAACGCCACUUGAUGAAAACUCCUCAUUUAACUUUGAUUUUGUGGGUAAUGAUGGUUCUUUAGAUGCCUAUAUUAAUGAUGUGCGUCAAAUGCAUCACAACGAGCAGCGAAAAGAUCCACAAAUAUCUGCCACUAAAGACUGUGGCCAUCUUAAAUCUAGAAGAGACAGUCCAGUGCCAAGGCAACGUUAUUCGGAGAAAUUUCGUAGAAUUCGAAAUAUAUUUGAACCUCAACAGGAGCAAAAGAACCCUGCCGAAAAGCCAUUUAUUCGCCUGCAGCUGAAAGAUCCACCAAAACAGCACUGUUGUCAUCAAGCGAAGGAAUGUCAAACUCACAAGCAGCCAACAGCAGCAUUGAACCAAAUGCCUAAUCAGCAUCGUCCUAUUAUUAAAAUUGUCAAAGCGCCAGAUGUCAGGUCACAAAAUACAUCUCAAGAAUAUAUUUCGACACCUACAAACGUCCGCACCCCACUUAAACAGAAAAAUCCCAAUAUAAUACUUGAUGCGAAGCAACAAAAGCUAAGUCAACGUCAGCUUCAAGAACACAAUCUGAAAAAUAAACAACAGGAGAGAAGACAUACAUUUUUGCAACCUCGUAGUCUCGCUGACAAAAACACUAAUUUUCUUCUAGCCUCACCUGUGCCUUUAAAGCCCCUGUGCUCAAACAUAUCAAAAAUUCUUCACCACAGAGGUCUGUCCAUGUAUUGUGGAAUUUUUCAAAGAGAAGAAAUCGAUCUAUACAGUUUUAAAUUACUAACUUUAAGAGAUCUCCAACAAAUGGGCAUAAACAAUCCCAAACAUUGUGAUAUUAUAAUGGCCGAUGUAUGUUAUGCUCGCCGAUAUUUUUAGUUAAUUAAUUUUAAGUAUUUUAUGCUAAUAACUGAAUGUUUUAUACUCCAUAUUUUUUUUUAUUUAUCUGUUCCUUUGUCAUUUUAUCUGUUAUUUUAAAUUAUUUGAAAAGUGUUUUGCUAUUAUUUAUGUGUGCCGGUCGUUGUAUUUGAUUACUUUUAACCCCCCAAACGGAGUCGAGCUUAUUUUUUAUUGAACAUGAAAACUUUGUUAGAAGGGUAGAUUGCAUUUUUAGUAACUUUCCAAAAUUCAGUCUUUCUAACAAAAUUUUCACGCUUUACUAGAUCAACGCCGUUUGAAGCA